CAACAAGAGUCUUUUCUACACAACUUCAUUCAUUUCAAAGGAAACAAAAAAACCACUUUCUUAAAAUCUUGAAGCUCUCCACCAUCAUUACAAUAAUAUUAUCACCCACUCAUUUACUACUCCAUUUCCACAUGUAAUUAAGUUAACAAUCAUAUAAUACCAAAACCCCAAUAGAAUAAUAAUAUUAUCUUUAUAUAAAACUUCCCCAAGCUAUCUCUCUCACAACUCAAUCAACUUUUUCUCUCUCUCCAUCUUCUCUCCCCCAUGAAACUCCAUAGCAAUGAGCUUCCCACAGGGAAAAACUACACCCUUUACAAAACAUUAGCCAUAGUUUUCAGUUUAGUGAUUUUGACAGUGAUUCCUCUGUUAUACAAUCUUGUGAACUAUUACUCUGUUUUCAUCCUCAACAAUUCACCAAAAUCUCCAUCAACUUCAUACUCAAGUAGAGAAGAGAAUGAUGGGUUUGUUGAGAAAUUGUCAAAUUACAGAGAAGAAGAAGAAGCAGAAUGUGAUAUUUUCACAGGAGAAUGGAUACCAAAUCCAAAUGCUCCAUAUUAUACAAGUUCAUCUUGUUGGGCAAUUCAUGAACAUCAAAACUGUAUGAAAUAUGGAAGACCUGAUGGAGGAUUUAUGCAAUGGAGAUGGAAACCAGAUGGUUGUGAACUUCCCAUUUUCAAUCCUUCUCAAUUUCUUGAGCUUAUGAGAGAUAAAUCUUUGGCUUUUGUUGGUGACUCUGUUGGAAGAAACCAAAUGCAAUCUUUGAUAUGCCUUCUUUCAAGGGUGGAAUAUCCAAUAGAUGAGUCGUACACGGCGGACGAGAAUUUCAAGAGAUGGAAAUACAAAACCUACAACUUCACAAUGGCCAAUUUCUGGACGCCACAUCUAAUCAAAGCCGCCAUGGGAGAUUCCAACGGUCCAACCAAAACCGGUCUCUUCAACCUCUACUUAGAUGAGCACGACCAAGAAUGGACCACUCAAAUCGACGAAUUCGACUACAUAAUCAUCUCCGGCGGCCACUGGUUCUUCCGGCCAAUGGUUUUCUACGAAAACCACCGCAUUGUCGGCUGCCAUUACUGCCUCCUCCCAAACGUCACCGAUCUCGGAAUGUACUACGGCUAUCGAAAAGCUUUCCGAACAGCAUUCAAAGCCAUAAACAGCUUAAAGAAUUUCAAAGGAACAACAAUUCUAAGGACAUUCGCGCCGUCACAUUUCGAGAACGGGCUAUGGAAUGAAGGAGGGAAUUGCUUGAGAACGAAGCCGUUUCGAAGCAACGAAACCCAGUUGGAAGGGCAUAAUUUGGAGCUGUAUAUGAUACAGAUGGAGGAAUUUAGGGUAGCGGAAAGAGAAGGAAGAAGAAGAGGGAAGAAAUUUAGGGUUCUCGAUACGACGCAAGCGAUGUUGUUGAGGCCAGACGGGCAUCCAAGUAGGUACGGGCAUUUGGCAAAUGAGAAUGUGACAUUGUAUAAUGAUUGUGUUCAUUGGUGUUUGCCUGGGCCUAUUGAUGCUUGGAGUGAUUUCUUGCUUCAGAUGUUGAAGAUGGAAGGGAUUAGAUCAGCAAGGGAUUGGUUACAGUUCGGUUAGAGUUAGUGAGAUUUCAUUCUUAUUGUUUUCUUUUGUUGUUGGUGUUCUUGUUGUUCUUAAUUCUUCUUUUGGGAGUUUUGUAUAAUUGUAUCAUUAUUGUUUAUUUUUAAGUUGUAUGUAUGUAAUUAGACAUUGUGAAAGAAGUAAUAAGAGCAUAAUUUAAUUAA